AUGGAUACGCCGCCCGUACCGAAACCUCGGAGUGCAUUUCCGCCUCAGAAUGAUGUUUUAAAACGACCUGUCCCUCUCCCACGAACAAAGCCACCGGCAAACCAUGAUAGGGUCAGUGCUUCAAAUUUAUUUCGCUCUAUUGGCACUGUAUCCAAACAAAUUACAGAGGAUGUCGCUCAAAAAGUUAGUAAUUCAGCUAAAUCAGCAAAUGAAAAAAUUGAAAGAUCUAUUAUUGACGGAUCAAAGUUUGCUAAAGGUACAUUGGAAAAAACUUUAACUACCUCUAAAGCAGUUAGGGACUCUGUUGCUAAGUCAGUUUUAGAAGGCACCAAAUCCGCAGGUUUAAAAUUACGAAUGUCUAAAAAAUCUGAACAUUCAGAAGGCGAGGAAAGUCAAAGAUGUGUAUCAAUGCCAGCUGUUGAUUUAAGUUUUUUUGACAAUAUUCAAUUUCAUUCACCUCUUUUAGAACAGAGACGAUAUAAAGACAGCGAAGAUCCUCAAAAUCUAAACAAGAUACCAGCUUUACAAUUAAAUACAACUCAUCUUGAUGAUUUGUCACUAUUUUCCAGUAAUUCUGAUUCCAAUACUGAUACAGUUAGUAAUUUUUCACAUGAUAGCAGAGAAAAUGAACAAGCUGAUUGUAGUUUAAAUAGUGAAAUGGAAAUGACUUAUGAUACACCAAAGCCUUCAAGAGCAAAUAGUGUUGUGAGUAUCAGAUCAGCACCUGAAAUUCCAGAGCGAAGAAAGAAAAGAGAAAGCAUUAUGGAGGUUAUGCGACAAAAUUCUCUUUAUGAAAAUUGGACACUUCCUCAUCCUUCCCCAAGCUCAUCUAAGCCUGAAGUUGAAGUGAUUCCUAGAGCAAGUAAAAGCACUAUAUAUGAAUUUGAUCCUUUAAACAAUAAUGUCACCUCUACCAAAAAAUAUGAAGGAGUCAGUAAUGAAUUACUAUUAUUAGAAUCCUUUUUGAUAGGGGAUACUUAUGGAACCAUUAUAUCCACAGAUAGUGGAAAUGAUGAUGUUGUUUAUGAUUUUAGUGAAACAGAUUAUUUCAAUCCACCCACACCACCUGAGAGAUUUGACAGUCUUUAUCCAAAUGAAAAUUCUGACAAAGUAAUACCUCAAGCUGAGGCACAUGAGAAAGAAACAAAUGCUAAUUGGUAUGUUAGUGAAAAUCCUGCACAAGUAUCAAAUGCAGAUGAAAUAAAAACAUCAAGCUCAAUGAUGCAAAAAUUUUCUAACAUAUUAAAGUUUGAUAAUGUUUUGAACAAAUCUAAUAGACAAAGCAUACAAAAGGUUGAGAUAAUUCAACGACCAGCUUUAAACAAUUUGCCUGUAUCACAUUAUUGUGGGAUGUUAAAUAAAGUUGUUUCUGGUGUAGUAGAAGAUUUGUUUAAAAAUUCUCAGUCUCGUUAUUGCAUUUUAUCAGACCAAAAAUUGAUGUGCUAUUCAGAUCCUACGAAUUCUAUAUUAAAAGAAGCUUACACUCUAGAUAAUAUUCAAAGCAUACAAGUCGUCUUACCUUUAUCUUCCAGCACAACCAGUAACUCCUAUUGUUUUGAAUUGAUGGUUUCGACUGGCGUACGCAGUAGUCCACGCAAAGUUUUAUUCAGUUGUGCAAGUGCUCCUGAGAGGCGAAACUGGGCUCAAAAAAUUGCCGAACAUCUUACAAAUGGAUUCCCUACUAAAUAUACCACAGAAUAUACAAGAUGCGGCUGGUGUUAUCUAAAGGAAGGUGUGAGCGGCGAGUGGCGCGGCGCGUGGGUCAUGUUGGUGCGUCGCGUGCUGGUCUAUUGCAGCGAUUCUGAUAACAUGAGGACUGUCGAUCUGAGGAAAACACGCUGCGUUGUGACGAAAGAGGCUGAAGAAGACACGAAACUACUAUGUCCUUCGGAUGUUAGCCAAAACUUGUUACUCGAUUGCCCUCAUGCUACCUUGUAUUUACGAUUCCCCCAUGAGAGAGAACUUAAGGGCUGGAAAUAUAUGAUAAAGCUCGCUGCGCACAACAAUGGCGCGCGCAUUCACCAUCAACAACUAACAAAAGAAGAUGUGCCAGUUAUCGUUGACAAAUGUAUAAGCUUCAUUUAUGCGCAUGGUAGUCUUUCCGAAGGUAUUUACCGUAGAGCGGGCAGCUCUAUAGUACUGGCGGAACUGCUCGCCCGUUUCCGACGCGACUCGUGGUCGGUCCAACUGACCCCCGGGCAACAUUCAGAGCACGAUGUUGCCGGUGUACUCAAACGAUUCUUCAGAGAUCUGCCAGAAUCUCUGAUACCACAGACUGAACACGCCAGGCUUACUUCUGUAUUAGACCUGAAGGAUCCUGCAGCGCGACAUGCGGCGUACAAAGCGGCGAUGACGUCACUACCGCUAGUAGCGUACAAUGCUGCACGCAAGUUGUUCGCACACCUACACUUUCUGCAUACGAUGUCACAUGCUAACAAGAUGAGCGCUGAAAACUUGGCGUCUGUAUGGGCUCCCACUAUAAUGCCCGCUGCUUUGACGAGUCAAACACUUCAAACAGCGUGGUCUGCGAAAGAGCAGCAAGUGGUACGUGAUCUAAUAGCAAAUUUCGAAGCUAUAUGGGAGCCAACAGAAACAGAUGUGCGAAGGGAAGCAGCGAUACGACGGGUGUUAGUGCGAGUACUGAGCAACACACUGCCGACCCCGCCUAAGGCAGCGGGCGACUUGCGUGCGUGGGUGUACGUGAUGGAUAGGAACACGUGUCACCAAGUCGCUUUAACGCCCAAUAAAACAAGCGCUGAUAUCUGUAUAGAGCUGUGCGAGAAAGCGAAAAUGGAUUCACACUUACUUAUGCUGGAAGAAGUUGUUUGUAACGAAUCAAUGCGGCGAAUUGUACAUAUUAACGAAAUUGUGUUAGACGUAGUCCUAAGAUGGGGUUACUGGGACGAAGAAGAUAGAAAGGAUAACUACCUACUGGUGAAAGAAAAUAAAAUAUUGCACGAAUUAGACAUCCUUCGACAUUCAACGUCCCUAGUGUGCGGUGAACUGAGAAUCGCUAAUGAAUCGACAAAGGCCUUCAAGCUGCAUAUGUUCGAGUUCAAUAACUCGAAAUUAGGAUAUUUUAAAGAUAAACAGGGUUCACACAAAAUAGAAGAAUGGUAUAUAAAGGACAUCUUGUGGUACGUCGGACACGAGCCCAAGCGGAACCCACAGUCGAGAUGGGCGAUCACUUUCAUACCUAGGAAUAAUAAACAAAAAAGAAGCAAAGACCGGCCGUGGUUCGGUUGCACUAUAGCGGGCGCCGUCACAGAGGAUCAACUAAAAUGGAUGACCGCCAUGACCUUCGCAGAACACAACAAUAUAUUGCCCACGCCAAGACUUGUCAUCACA